CUCCCAACAACACUCCAUACAAACCAAAACUCCAUCUCCCAGCCUCAAAAACCUUCAAACCAACUCAAACUCCAAUCCUCCAAACAAAUACUCAAACAUGGCCGACUCCCGCGACGCCGUCAUCGACGAAACGCCCAUCUCCCCCUCUCGACCAGAUCACAUCCGCCAGAACUCCCUCGAGAAACACCUGCAGCACCGUCCUGACCCGCAAGAGCUGAAGGACCGCCAUAUCCUGCUCGAUACCAAUGCCGCUCCCUCCCUACAAUCCGCCGCUAUGGAAUUGGAGCGUCAACGCGCGAGCGACAGCUUGAAGAAGGGCCUUGAGCGUCGUCCGCAGAAGGAGGAUUUGAUUGAGCGCAAUAUCCUCCCCUCCUCAUCCGCCGCACCAGCAAUCCAGGGACAACAGCGCGAGUUGGAGAAACACAUGCGAGCCGAUUCGCUCAAUGAGAAGAUCGCGCAUCGGCCGCAGAGAGAGGAGUUGAUUAAAGAGGGGAUUUUGACUGAGGAGCCCAUUUCGAGCGAGGAGGCGGAUAGGUUGUAUGAGGAGAGGAUUGAGGAUGAGUAUGCUAAGCGUGAGGGCGGUGCUUGAAUACUGUUGAGUGGAGGAGUAUUAGUACUGGGGAUGGGACGGCUCGGGACAUUUAGCAUGCUUGGGAUUGGAAGUGCAAUAAGCAAGGAUCGAUUGAUGGAUGCUAUGAUGAUACGAUACGAUACUUAUGGUUUACGGUUUUGGGAUGGGAAAGGUUUAAAAUGUCAUGAAUUCGUUGAUUUCAUUAUAUUUCUAUGAACGCUAAGUGUGAUGCAAACACC